AUGAACAUCCAAAACAGCAGUUAUUCAGACAGACCUGAUGGCAACAAAGACUUGGAUGCUCCUGAAAAACCCUUAUUUGGUAUAGGAGCCGACAACUUCGUCACGCUUCUGAUCUUUGGACUCAUUUUUACUCUAGGCGUCCUGGGAAACUCUCUGGUUAUUACUGUUCUGGCUCAACGCAAACCUGGACAGCAACGAAGCACCACCAACAUCUUCAUCCUCAAUCUCAGCGUGGCAGAUCUGUCCUAUCUGCUCUUCUGCAUCCCCUUUCAGUCAACAGUUUAUAUUCUGCCCACGUGGAUCCUGGGUGCCUUUAUUUGCAAGUUCAUCCACUACUUUUUCACCGUGUCCAUGUUGGUGAGCAUCUUCACUUUAUCAGCCAUGUCGGUGGACAGGUAUAUCGCCAUAGUGCACUGCAGAAAGUCCUCUUACAUUCGAGUUGGGAGGCAUGCAUUGAUCGGGGUGCUGAUCAUAUGGGUGCUCUCUUUCGUCAUGGCCACACCGGUUGCCUACUACCAGGGUAUCGUGGAAAGUGAGGACAACAGCACGUUUUGCUGGGAAGUUUGGCCAGAUCACAGCAGGAGGAAAAUCUAUGUGGUGUGCACCUUCGUCUUUGGAUACGUGCUGCCGCUGAUUCUGAUAUCUUUCUGUUAUGCCAAGGUCAGUGGCUGUUUAACACAUUUAUGUAAAUUGUUGAUCGUUGUUAUUAUGUUAAAAAACAACAAAAAUGUCUCUCUCCACUUUUCUUAUCAGACUGCUCAGACAGUUCUGGUGGUUGUGGUGGUCUUCUGCCUGUCCUGGCUGCCUCAUCACGUGGUGCACCUAUGGGUCGAGUUUGGCUCCUUUCCCCUGAACCAGGCAUCCUUUGUGCUCCGUGUGGCGGCUCAUUGUCUGGCCUACAGCAACUCAUCUGUUAAUCCUGUUAUCUAUGCGUUCCUCUCAGAGAACUUCAGGCAGGCGUAUAAGCAGGUGUUCCGUUGUCAGGUGGCUUCUAAGUGCCCUACAAAUGAGACCAGAGAGAUGAAGAGCAAGAUAGAGCCAGCACCGUCCACCAACUGCACCACUGUGUAA